UAUGAUACAGAAUACAGGAUUAGAAAAAAAGGUUGAAAAAUAUCAAUACAACACAUCUAAUGUUUUAGGAGAUGGAUCAUAUGGUACUGUCUAUAAAGGCAUUAAUACAAUCACACAAUAAAUUGUUGCUAUCAAAGUGAUUCCUAAAACUAAAGUUUAUGAUCCUGAAGCAUUGAGCUUUGAGCUUAGACUAUUGACUAAAUUAAAAGGAGAAAAUAUUGUUAGAUUACAUGAGACAUUAGCAACUUAAAACAAUUAUUAUUAGAUUAUAGAUCUAUGCGAUGGAGACUUAAAAUAGUAUGCUAUAUUACAUUUAAAAUUUAGAUUGUUAGAAAAGUAGUAAACUUUACAAUAAGAUGAAGCCAUAAAAAUGAUGCUAGAUUUAUUAAGAGGAUUCUUAGAAUUAAUUUAGAAUGGUAUCAUACACAGAGAUGUCAAACCAGCAAAUAUUCUAAUUUCUAAGGGAAAAUACAAAUUGGCUGAUUUUGGUUUUGCAAGAUUAGUGGAUAAUUAUGCUCAAUAACAAUUUGUGACUGUUCUGGGUACUCCAUUAUAUAUGAGUCCACAAUUGCUGCAAAAUUUAUAGUAAUCUAUAAACUCAUCAUUUAGAUAUUCAACCAAAUGUGAUAUAUGGUCAUUAGGAUUCAUAUUCUAUGAAGUAUUAUAUGGAAGAAGUAAAUAAUUAAUAUCAUAUAUCUAGCUCCAUGGACUGCUAAUUCUAUUCCAGAAUUGGUUAAGAACAUUCAAGAAAAACCUCUAUUAUUUCCAGAUAAGAUAAAGUAGGUCAAUGAUAAUGUAAAGGAUGUUAUAAGAAGGUGUCUAAUAAUCAAUGAAGGUAUUUACUAUUUAAUUUAUUAUAAUUAGAUGAGAGAAUUGGUUGGUAUGAUCUUUAUAAACAUCCUUUGUUCUCCAAUAAUUUUAAAGACAUUGUAAAUUUGGAUGAUAUUUGUAAUGUAUGUUUUAAAAAAAUUAAAUUAGAACAAAGAGAAAUUUAUAGCCUAAAUUUUAAGGAAUGAAAUUGUUAGAUAAGAUAUUUCAAUAGAAUAAUUAGUAUAGAAAUUGAAUUGGGGUCCUUAACUCACUAUAAAGGAUAUUGAGAGUUUAUUUUUAAAAAUUGAUAAUAAAUUACAAAGAAUUUAAUUAGAACAUAUUUUUAAUAAGAUUGAAAAAGCAAAUAAUCAAUAUCUAACUUUGUAAGAGUUUCAAUAAUGGUUAGAUAAGUUUUAGGUAUUAAAAUUUAUUAUUAAAUUUUAGAUUCCAUUUUAAUCAUAUAAAUAAAAUGCUAUGGAAUGCUUUAUAGUCAUUAAAUAAAUAAUGAAAUAAUUCAAUCAAACUUUAGCCCAAUAUUAUGAUAAAUUUAAUUAAGCUAAGGAUGGAAAAUUAAAGUAUGAAGAAUUUAAAUUAUUCAUUUUGUAAUGAAAGCUUUUUGUAUUAAUAUAGGCGGUGUAAUAACCAAAUUUUUGAUACUUAAAUCAAGAGUGCUUUUGAAUUAUUAGAUAAAUAGAAACAAGGUUAUGUAACACAAUAGGAUUUAUAACUCGAACUCGAUAAAAUCAAUUGAUU